GUGUAUCUGAAGAUGAGAAAUCAGUAGAGAAAAGAGACAAUCGGCGCAACUGUCUACAAGUCUAUAUGUCAUCACCUAUAAAAACUAGCAAGAAAGACCAGCAAGAAAUGUAUGAAAUAAGUCCAUAUGCAACAUUUAGCAUGUCAAGCGGCGCCGUUUGCAGUGAAAGUGUAGAUACAGCAGGCUCAGUGAAGUCAGUGGGUCCUGUUGGAACUGUGGGGUCAGUGGGGACGGGUGCUAGUGGGACACUUAGAACGUUCGGUCGUGCUGAACCCGCGCCCUUAAGUGCAGUACCUCCUCAUCGCUCGCAUAUGCACCGAGAUCCUGUUGAUUCGGACGAGUAUACGCUAUCCCGAGCGAUGACGCUGAUGGUGCGUCGAGGUGAAUCUGACUCGGAUUCAUCCGGGUCACCCGAACCAUGCGCCGAGUGUACGUCUAGCGCUGCCUACCGGAUACAUUGCGCCGUGCCUAACAAAGAGGAAGUAUUUCGUGGUGUGACGGAUUCCAGCGCUGAAUCCUGCACUUCAGGCUCAAGGGACAAGGCUCGCAGGAGACCACGCCGACACACACCUACUUCUGCCAGAUACCCUCAGCGACAAGAGCAAGAAAGAAGGGAUUUUACAAUACACGUUUAAUUAAGACAAUAAAGACUGCUACAAGCAAUUAGAGAUAAAUUAUAACUGUUAGUAGAUAUAUGGACAAUUUAAUCUUAAUUU